ACGCUACGUCAUAACAAGAUCAUUUUUACUAAACACGCAACAGUUUCCGAGAUCUUUACUUCAAACUUUAAACAUGUCUUCGAUUGCGAGAGCUGUUUUUAAAGUCACUAUUGGCUGGCUGGUGGAUAAAGGCAGAGAUAAGGCAGCGGAGAAGCUGAGAGAUGGCGAUGUAACGGAUCAAAAAUUUCGUGCAUUGAUCGUCCGUGAAAUCGACGAUAUCAAGUCCAAGUUGGAUGGAUUAUCAAGGAAAGAUUUGGGAGCAAGUAUCAGCUUCUUUGAGGAAGGAAUCGAGUUGUUGUAUGAUUUUUUUUUCAAAGCAAGGUCCAGAAGCGAGCACAGCGCGGCAACAACGCAAGCAGCUUGUGAUGAAGCAUUUUCUCUCGCCGUACGAAUGGCAACGUUGGAGCUUACUGACCUGGAAAAAUUAGCCGUGGAGGCGCUUUCCAAGGCAAAGAAGAGAUUCAAAGAUUCUCGCAGAAAAGCAACAGAGGCCUUUAAAAAUGAAGCUCUAGGAACGUCCGACCGAAUUCUAGCGAUGCAAUAUCGAGUUAUGGCGACAAUACUGGAGACAGUAGACAAUCCCGAGCAUGCAUUAGCACCAUGUAGAGUGUGCCUUAAAGAACUGAACUCUUUGUCAGCAGUUCAGAAAAAUUUUGAUGCUCAGCUCAAGAAAGGCCUUAAGGCAGCAAUGAGUUUGGUUGGUAAAGAUGAACGCAGGAAGAUCAUUUCCAGUGUCUGUCACGUGAAUCGUUUCAUCUACGAUGUCACGCAAACAGUCGGGAAAGACGUAUCUUUCUGGAUCUGGCCUGCUGUUGAUAUCGGAGAAGACAAAGUGGAUCCAUUGCGUGACGGACGAGUAGCUAAAGUUCUGUGUAUACAGGGUAUGAAACACUGUUUAGUUACACCAUGGUCAUUUGGUCAGGAAGGUGAAGAGGAGCACAAGCUAAAGAACCCGACUGGAAUCGCUACAAAUUCCAGGGGCCAAUUCAUUGUUGGAGAGUAUGAAAACGACGUAAAGAUGUUUGAUCCUAGUGGUCAGUUCAUACAACAUUUCAGCGUCCCUAAUGAUGACUUUGAAACAGAGUUUUAUAUUCUUGAUGUAGCCACAGACAACCAGGACAACAUCUAUGUACUGGUCAGAUACGAGAAGGAGACUGGAUCUAAGGGAUUGGUUGUUUAUGAAUUUAGCAACACCGCUGGCCUGUAUCACAAGUUUCCUGUGAGGGGAGAGGACUGGGACAGAUCCUGGCACAGCAGACUGACAGUCACCAAAGGUCAAGUACUGGUACUGAGAAGGUCUAGUGUAGCUGUGUAUGAUUCUGAUGGAUUGUUUGUUCGUUCGUUCGGAGAAGGAACAUUGAAGUAUGCGAGUGAUAUCACUGCUGCUAAUAAUGGCCCUGUUAUGGUAGUGGAGUCGUUUCCUCCUUGUGUUGACAUAUUCAGUGAAGACGGUGUCCAUUUGAAGCAGUUUAAACUCCAAGGACGUUAUUGGUCUCGAAUUGCAUUUCACCGGAGUGAACAUGUCGUCAUCGCUGGUAUGGAAGGAGUGCCAGACGACCCUGGUCCCCUGCAUGUGGAAAUAUUUACCAAAGAUUGUGACUUUGUGCGCAGCACUCAAAUCCAUGAAGAACAAAUUCGCUUCAUUGGUGGAAUGACAGUGACCAUGAAUGGACGAAUUGCUGUGAUUCUGGAAGAUAUCGAUCGCAAAUGCAAGGGCAUUGCAUCUACUUAUUUAAUUGCCCCUAACCUGGAGAAUUUGCCAAUUUUUUUCCAAAAAUGUAAGUACCAAUACUGAAAUUGAUUGAUGCAUACAUGUAAGAAGAGUUAUGUUAUAACACAAUUACACCAGUAUGAUUUAUUUUAAAUACUGUGCAAUUUAAUGUACACCUAACCCCGAAAAUGGCUAUUUGCUUAGAUGAAACUACUUGUGUCAAUCAAAGCAUUUCUGGGAAAAAGGUAUUGCAUUUGGUUGAAUCCUGGAUUUGCUAUGCCCUUUGGAAGUCGUGUUUGAAUUGUUACAUGACUGUGUGUAGGGAGUCUGGGGUGGGGGAUGCUAAUGACCUAUAUCCAGAAAACAAACACAAUAGCACCUCAGUCAAUCCUCUGACUAUUUGCUUAGGACAAUGGAAAACAACCUGAGCCUUCCAAUAUAUUUAGGGACUAAACGUCCAAAGUUUGUUGCAAAAAAUGUUUUUUCGUCACUGAAGUCAGGGUUAUGUUUUGAUUAGGAAGACUCUUAACUUUCAUCAAUCAUUACAAGCUUCUUUUAUAGCAAUUUAAAAAGCUUUGAGAGCUAUUUGCUUCAAGCGUCGACGGGGAAGACUUCCUUGUGGACUUAAGCUACGUAUCAGGAGUGGAGAGCUGGAUGUGAGGUGGGGGUACAGGUAAACUAAAAGUUGUAAAGAAAACUUAAGGGCUGUUUUGAUCUUGUGGCGUUUUUCUUUGAGUGGCUCUCUGUUGUAAAAUAUGACCCUUUUGUAGAAGAGAGCUUUUAUAGGUAGUAUUUAGUUUAUGAAAUCAAGGGAUAUAAGGCUAAUGUUAUGAUUAUAGAGAGCUCAACCAAAAACCUAGCUUUGAUCGAUUGAAAUUCGUUUUGUUUAGACCUGUACUUUUUAAGCAGCAUGAAGCAACUUGGGGCUAGGUGCACUUUAAACUAUUGCUAAACUGUAAGUACUUUCCUAGAUUGUUUUUAAUAAUACCUUUUGUAGACACUCUUAUGAUUCUUACAUUUACCAUAAACAAAUUAACAAUCAGCCUGUCA